AUGACCGACUGCAAAUCAAAAUGGACAAGUUUCUUGAUCUGUUUGCUUUCUCUUAGUGUCUUAUUCUUUGUUCCAUGCGUAGUCAUCGGCUCAAUCUACGCUGAUUCAUAUAGUAAAGAUCGAAAAACACAAGGUAUUCUUACAGAGACAACAUGCCUUGUGCUCAAUUACACAUAUUAUGAACAUACCUGUUCUCAAUGUUCUUAUGAUAGUUCAUCUUAUGAGCAGACAUAUUCGAAAUACACCUGUGUUGAUGAAUAUUUUUCUCUAUCGUAUCCUAUUCACAAUGGUACUUCAAUCACCAGUACUUAUACGACAAAAUCUCGAGCAGGAGGACAUCGACCAAUAAAGAUUGGUCAAAAUCAUUCCUGCUAUUAUCAUUCAAACCAUGUUUCGUCCAUUACUUUGGAUUUUCCAAGUACAAAAUUAGCCUUGAUUUUGUUAUGUAUUUGCUUUGGAAUCAUUGGUGUUAUUUGUGUAUUACCAUUGAUUUGUUUAACUCUUAUGCAUGGACUUCCCACAUCGUGUGAACAUUGUUCAUACGUGUCAAAUAUGUGUGUUUCAGUAAGAAAUACGUGUACAAAACUACGAAAAAAGAUAUGGUACAACCAUCGAACGUAA